GGCUAACGCCAGCUAGCUGAACGUUUGUAGUCCUUUGCGUUGUGAGCUUCCUUGCUCAAGCUGCCCCGAAAUAAAGUAUUAUUACUAAAUCCAGCAGCUCAUCACACAACCUGUCGAAAUUGAUAAAUGCUCAUCAAUAAAACAAGUCCUUCGUCUGCUCGCCGGGCUGCUUUACUCCCAAAGGCAUUUCCAGUAGCGUUGUAGCAUCCAGGACCUCUAUUGACUACCACUGUUUAGCUUAAGAGACUAGCGAGGGAGGCUAGCUACUAACCAGCGACAGCUAGUGGAGGUAACGAGUACUGCAUGCACAUGAACCGCUGUCAGUGCAAAGUGUGAUGAGGCGAAUUGAUUCUUGUUGUUUGUUAAAUACUUUUCUUCAGUUCUAACAUUUUAGAAAUGGCGUUUUCCCAUUUAUAUCCAUGGUGGAUGUGUCCCCUGGGACUGUGAGCGAUAAUCCUGUAAUAGGUCGUUUGCCUUCCUGGUUGCAAAACAACUCGUUAUUGCCCACUAUUCCCGUGAAAUGAAGCAGUCUUGUCAGGACAAUAUUGCUAUUCUACUUUCAAACUACUGUACUUUCUCUGGAAUUGGCUCGGUUAUUGCAGUAUUCAAAUUUGACCGUUAGAGGGCACUACAGGUCAGACAAACAAUGAAAAUCCCAACCAAAACCUCCCCACCUUGUUCGAAGAAGAAGCUCCCCACAUCAAACUUGAAACCAAACCAGGAAGUAGUUUUAUUACUUCUACGAUGCAAACUACAAAUCAAAUGAUUAGUGCGGUGGUUUUGAUUAGUUUGGUAGACAACCGAAUGUUUUAUAUAGACAAAGAAGAAGAAGGAAGAUGACGAUGAUGGAGAUGAUGUGUUUCCUUUGCUCCACGAGAUCCAUCUGGGUUAAGGAGUGGGAUGAUCUCAGGGACCUUUGACCUCAUCUGUGAGGGCACAGCCAACACAGGGCGCAGUUCAGAAGCUUCCCUUUGGAGCCGAUGAGAUUUAAGGCGAGACUGAGGACCGGGGAGGCUGUCUGCUUGGCGCGAACGCCAGCUGUAACUCACUCUUGGCGCUCUUGGAAGAGAGAGAGAGAGAUGGAUGCCUGUGCAGGAAGAACGGACGACUUCAUUCCUCCUCUCCUCUUUCCACAUUCAUCACUCCCUCACUGGUCUGUCUUGUGAUUCUCCUCCUCUUUUUUUUUUUUCUCCCCCCUCAACACCCCCCUCCUUCUUCUCUUGGGUGCCUGCUGAGCUGAGCAGUCAGUAGUGGGACUGAGGAGGCAAAGGAAGCAAGAAAAGAGAACAGAAGGGGAGAAAAAAAAGAAAGCUGAUCAUGAUGAGCAAGAAGGCGCUGAAUGAAUAACAAGGAAGGGAUUACAAAGACUGAAAGGAGGAGAGGAAGGACUGACGGACGGCAGAAGCCUUUUUACUUUCUUCUCUCCGGCUCCAUUCCUCCUCUAUCAGUCAAAGGAGGAAUGACAAGACAGCCACCAGCUCUUAGCUUUUCUCCUCCUUCUUUGGCUCUACGCGGGUUCAAUCCAGAGGGCAAAGACAGGAGCGAGUAGACAGAGACUGACCUCCCACCUCCUGUGACCUCCUUGCUGACCCACCCCCCACCACCCACAAGGUCCCCCCAAGACUGACGACUUACACCCUGCUACUUUAACCCACAACACCUCCUCCAAGCAUGUACGGAUUAAAGGCGCCACACUUCUACCUCCAAGGCAUGAGCCAUGAGUCCACCAAGUCUCCAUCAUUAGGAAUGAUCUCCACGGCGACGCGCACCACGGCCACUGUCAGUCCCCUCAGCCCACUGACCAAUGGGAGCGCGAUCGCCCAGUCUGCAAACUCUGGAUUCGCUGCUGCCCUGCGCAAACUGGCCAAACAGGCAGAAGAUCCCAGAGGUUCCGCCCACAGCGGCGACUCGUCCCCCGUGUCUUCGCCAGCCACCAGCCACAGCUCGCCGGUCACCACCCCUAAGCGGGCUUCUCUUGGGCCCCUCCUAGCCCAGUCCAGGGGCCCCGCUGCUGUCCCGAGUGCCCCCCCUGUGGUCACCAUUGCUCCCACCAAGAUCAGCAACGGCCUGUGGAGGGCUGACGGACGACAGGCAGAGCCAACUGUCCAGAGGCUUGGCAGGGAGCGGGGGGUCGCCUCCACAGAGAGCGCCCAUCCACAGCAGGACAAGGGGACCCCGCCCAUAGCCCCACCUCAUUCACUGGCUCACCCGUUUGGACUCACCCCCAGCUCGGUCAUGCAAGACCCACGAAUGCAGAGCCUCAGUCUACCUGGGCAGAUGCACCCUGCCGUUCCCUCGGGCGCCGUCCCGGAGGAAUACCUGAGAGCGCUGCGUCCCUUUGCCACGACGGACGACCUCAGGAUGACAUCUGUGCCACUGAGUUUGGACCCCGCCAUUGCUGCUCACGCUGCUGCCGCUGCCGCCGCCGCCGCUGCUUAUUAUCACCCGGCCUUCAUGCACCAUCCUCUGUCUUUACCCAGGAUGGAGGAAUCCUUGUGUAUGUCAGCAUUGCGGUCGCAGUUUUAUUCUGUGCCUGCAGGGGGAGCCUUCCCUCCUCUGCAUCACUCCGGCCUGCACUUACACCUGCCUGGAGGUCGCUACCCUGGAGAGCUAAACCACAGUGUACUAGCAGAGCGGCUACAGAUGGAGAACGAGCUUCGCCAGCGAGAGAGGGAGCACGAGCGUGAACGGGAAAAGGAACGGGAGCGAGAGGCCGGGCUGGAGCGAGAGAGGGAAAGGGAAGAGGAGAGGGAGAGAGAGCUGCUGGACAGACAGAAGGAGAGGCAGAGAGAGCGACAGCAGCAGAUGGUCCGAGCAUCGGAGAGCCACGGCUACCUGGCUGAGGUGCAGCCUCGCAGGGCACCACUGGAGGACAGGGCCAGGACAGGCGAGAGGCUGACUCCAAACAGACUCGAUAAACCCAAGGAGUCCGAGCCCCAAGGUUUCCCAGCACAUAAACCCUUCCCCUUAAACCUCCACUCCUCCAGGGGCUCCGUCCCGCCCCCGGUUCCCAGCUUGGUGCCUUCUCACCUGGGUAAGCACCACACAGCGCCUGGGGGUGGAAUCCAUGGAGCUCUGGCAUCAGCCAUGAUGACUCAGAGGGCCAACGAAGAGGCUUGGCUCACACGGCAGCGAGGACAUGACAGGGAGGGGCCGACAGAGGGGAAGGAGCCUAGGAAAGACAGCCAUAGUUUCAUGUGCCUCAACAGAACAGCCCAUCAUCAUGUUUGCAAAGAUGGACCUCCUGCCCUUGGUGCUCCACCUCCUCUCAUUUCACCUAAAGCUCCUCCUCCGCCUCCUCCAACCACACUGUGGAACCCAGCCUCCCUUGUGGACUCCUCCACCGAUUCUCGUCGAAAACUCAACCCACCAAUUCGACCUCCCCCGGGUUUGACCAGGGCCGACCGGCCCCACCUGAGCUGGGGGGAGAAAAUGAAUGAUGGAUUGAGGAGGAGGACUGAAACCCCAGAGAGAUGUCCCUCAGCGAGAGGAGGUAGUUUACAAGAGGCGAACUUCUUGACCAAGACCGAGAAGGAACUCCUCCAGCGACAUCACAUGAAUAACCUCCAUCUGAAACUCUGCACGCCUCUAUCUGACCCAGCGUCACAACACAUGACCUCCACGAAUCACAGAGAUAGCUUGCUGGUGUAUGAUGAAGUCCUCCAGCAACACCGCAGACUCCUCAGCAAGCUGGACAUGGAGGAGAAGAGGAGGAGGGAGGCCCGGGAAGGAGGCUAUUACUACGACUUGAACGAGUCGUACGAUGAGAGUGAUGAGGAAGAAGUGAAGGCCCACCUGAGGAGAGUGACAGAACAACCUCCACUGAAACUGGACACUUCCUCUGAGAAAGUAGAUUUCCUGCACAUGUGCAGCCUUGUCCCACUGGCCCGCCGCGAUGAGAUCUUGCAGCAUAAGAAAAGGAAGAGGAGAAGGAUGCUGAGGGAGCGAAGCCCCUCCCCGCCGGUUGUGCAGGGAAAGAAGAAGGCCUCCCCAUUGACCACGCCGUACACAGCCGAGCAGAUGGACGGCGCCCCCGAGCUGCCGGAGAAAAAGGACUUCCUCCGCAUGUUCAAGCUCUCCCAUGUCAGCCCCCAGCAGAGGAGAGACAAAGAGAAGACUGAAGAGCUGCUGAAGGCAAUUCAGAAGAAUAUCGUGACUUUGGACACACUCAGAUAUAACUCUACAUCUCCAUGUAGCAGCCCUCUUGCCGCUGCCGCCUCGUCAACUGGGGAGUCAUCAGCCCCACCUCCCUCCUGUCAAUCAAAUGGACAUCUUUAUCUAAACUCACCCAGCCCGUCCCCUCCAUAUUUACACAAACAUAAGCAUACGCCGCACAAGCAGCCAACAGCAUCAGUACCUCCACCGCUGGCCUCUCAACAUCAAAAGGCAGCAUUCACAGAAACCAACAAGAGACCCCAGUUGGUCCACAAUGGUCAUGCGGCAGUAGCUCCUCUGAAGAAAGAGCCCGCUCCUGGGCAGAACGGUCGGAUCAGGCCCUGGGAGAGGUUCACACCCGAGGCUUUUGCUCAGCAUUUCCACCAGGCUGUGCUGCAGUCCACACACAACACACAACACAAAGGAAUCCCAAACUGGCUCCCUGAGGCAAGUGUGGAGGCGGGUGUGAAGGCUAACUUCCCUCCGCUCAAAGCGCCGCAUGUUAACCAUACUCCUUCACACGUGCACGUCAACGGCCAUCACCUUAAUUUGCCUCGAACCAACCGGGAUGCUGUGGCUCCUCUGGAACAUGUAACUGAUGAUGAAGAUGAGGUAGAGGAAGACAAUUCAUCCGGGCAGGAGGAUGAUGAGGUUGAGGAACCGGCAAGAAAAUGGAACGGCAUUGAAGCCAUUUUUGAGGCUUAUCAGGAUUAUGUGGAUGAGCGCAGCGUAGAGAGGCAGGUUCUUCACAGUCAGUGUAAAAGACUUGAAGCACAGAACUUCAACCUGACCAGAACUGCUGAACAGCUUUCUAUCACCAUGGCGGAGCUGGUGAGUCAGAGGCAACGGGUGAGGGAGGAACGGGACAGGCUUCAGGCCCAGCUGGAGCACUUCAGGAGGUGUCUAACGCUACCCAGCAUGCAUUGGGGCAGGGGGCAGAUCAACGGGCACGCCCCCAGGUGACCUCAAGACACAAUUCACACUGAACUGCAGGACCGCUUUGCACUUACAGAACCUGAAGGAAGUCACUUAGGGUCCAGGUCCCAAAUUGGACUCUCGUGUUGCCAUGGUAACCAUAUUCAAUACCCAUAUCCUCUUUUUUUUUAGAUGAAAUCUACUUUAGGAUCAUAAAGCUGUUAAUGUGAAACAGCACAAUAACCCAUCAUUCAAUUAUAUAUAAAACGUACACACAUGAGCAGGCUGUAUAGUCAUGUUAGACAUCCAAGCACACCUCAGGCCUUAAACAUGAUAGGAUGCACUUAAACAUGGAACAUUUGCGAAAACUUCACCCUUUCCCCCCCUCAUAGCGUCUACUGGAUCUGUCAUUGGAGCCACAAACAGCAAACUACAAGUGUCAAUUAUCUAUGCCAAAUGUUUUUUGGGCAUUUUAAUAAUAGUUUUACAUUGAUAAUUGUAAUAGAUGGAAGAAUUUUCUAUGUUUGUUUAUUUUGCAAAAAGCCAUACGCUGCUUUUGGAACUGCUGCUGGUCAGAAUUUACAGAAAAUACAAGAAAACUAAGAAAAUGAAGGAUGUUAUAUGAGCAUAAUGUAUUGGAAUUGUUAUUUAAACUAUUUGGAGGUGGAAAUGAGUCGACAUGACACUUGUUGGAUGGCUUUUUAUGUACAGUGGAACCUCCGAAGUUGAAUUGAAUCCGUUCCAUGCUACUGGUUGACUUUGAAGUUCUAAUUUCAAAAAUAUUACCAUAGGAAAUCAUGUAAACUGUCAUUACAGAACAUUGUUGUUUUAAGGAAUGUUUCAAGGAACAUUUAUCCACACUUACUGUUCACCCCUUGAAGAUGCCUGACAGACAAUGGAGAGGGAACAGGUACAGUUUGGUUAAUUUGAUGAACAACUCCCAAGUUUUGUUCUGACUUGUGAAGCAUAUUUUUACAG